AUGCCGUUUUCUUUCUUUCUUUCUUUCUUUCUUUCUUUCUUUACCGAAGCCGUUUUCUUUCUUUCUAAUUUCUUUCUUUCUUUCUUUCUUUCUUUCUUUCUUUCUUUCUUUCUUUCUUUACCGAAGCCGUUUUCUUUCUUUCUUUCUUUCUUUCUUUCUUUCUUUCUUUCUUUCUUUCUUUCUUUACCGGAGCCGUUUUCUUUCCUUCUACUAUUUCUUUUACGUUUUCCUUUUUUCCUCAUGCAUUUUUUUGACAUUUUUCGGUUUUUUUCCAUCUUUCUUUCUACUAUUCCUUUUAUGUUUUCCUUCUUUCUUUAUGUCGUUUCUUUCCUUUUUUUCUUUCCAUUUUUCAUUUUACGUUUCCUUCUUUUCUCUUACCUUUUUCUUUCUUUCUUUCUUUCUUUCUUUCUUUCUUUCUUUCUUUCUUUCUACUAUUCCUUUUACGCUUUUCUUCUUUCCUUGUGCUGCUUUUAUUUCUUUCUUUCUUUAUUUAUUUAUUUUUUUCUUUCUCUUUUCCUUCCUAAUAUUCCUUUUACGUUUUCUUUCUUUUCUCAUGCGAUUGUCUUUUUACUUGUUUUUCUUUCUUUCUUUUUACUAUUCCUUUUACGUUUUUCUUCUUUCCUUAUGACGUUUUCUUUCUUUCUUUCUUUCUUUCUUUCUUUCUUUCUUUCUUUCUUUCCCUUUGAUCUUUUCUUUCUAUUUCGCUCUUUACAUCUUUUGACGUUUCCGUACUUGUUAACGCUCGUUUCAUUACUUCUCUCUCUCUCUCUCUCUCACUCUCUCUCUCUCUCUCUCUCUCUCUCUCUGUUAUUUUUUUAUUUUUAUUUAUUUUAG